GUUUGAAAAGAAACCGUCAUCUUGUCCGUUACUCUGCCCGAAUGAAGAUGGAGCGCAGAGGAGUCGCUAGGAUAAGAAAAAUUAUUUCUAAAAUCACCAAUAGCCAAUGGUUUGCCAACAUCAUCCGGCUAACCCUCGCGCUCAACAUCAUAUUCAUCAUUUACGUGGUUGAUUGGAGACUGAACGAUCUUUCUCCUUCCCUUUACACUGUUAAUGCUUUGUUCCACUGCGUGUACCUGAUGGAGUAUCUGCUGAGGAUAUGUGUGGAUCCGCGGGGCUACUGGAGGAGUCCUCUCAAUGUGCUGUCUGCGUUUGUGCUCCUGCUCUCCUCCGUCUGCAUGAGUCUGAGCGUGCCUCUCAAGAGCCUGAUCUGUGUUUGUGUCCUGCUGGUCUUCAGGCUCAGGAACUACACGGAUAUCGAGCAGGAGUACACUGCGGGCGUCUGGAGGGGACUGAAGAAAGCCAGCUUGAUCUAUUUCUUGAUCUUUGUGAUCGUACUGAUUUUCGCAAUGGCCGGUCACUCGUUUUUUGGAGACCCAAACAGAGGAGAUCCAGAAAACUGGGGAGACCUCGGCACAGCCCUGUUCACGCUCUUCAGACUGCUCGUAUUGUAUAAUUGGACGAGGGUGCAUCAGGACCUCAACAAAGCAGGAGUCAGCUACAGCAGCGUCUUCGUCAUCGGCUUCAUUAUUACAUGCUACUUCAUACUCCUCGUUAUAGCCAGGGCUGUUUUCAUCACUGAAUGCCGGAGUGCAUUUGGGAAGGCAGCGGAAGGGAAGAAGCGUGCGCGUGAAGAGGAGGUAAAGAAGAAGGUGGAGGAGGUGCUGGAAAGGGCUAAACGGCACCAUACCCCAAAACUCCAGCGUGUGAGGGAUCUCAAAAGGCCCUUGUGUCAUGAUCGAUUUAUUUAUGCGCAGGACAAGAUAACUAGUUCUUCUUUCAUAGGAACCUUUAUGCAGCAGCUGAAUAAACGAGAACAAACCAUGUUAGAGGGGUGGCGGCUGAUAAAUGAGAAGAUGUCUGUACUGAAGGAGGAGCUCGAGGACAAGCUGAAUGAGGAAGCUCUUGCUGAAGGGCUGUACAAGAAGUCUGGCAGAUUAGUACUCCUUGGCCUUGGCAAUGCUGGCAAAACGACGCUUCUGCAUAUGCUGAACGAGCACAGACUGGGUCUGCAUGUGCCGACCUUUGACCCCACCUCAGAAGUGCUGAGGAUCGCUGGCGUGACCUUGAGCUGCUCUGAUCUGACUCGAGGGGAGUGGAGGAAGCUUCUCCCAGCCGCCAACGGCAUCGUCUUCCUGGUGGACUGCGCAGAUUACGCCAGGCUGCCCGAGUCCAAAACAGAGCUUGAUGCACUAAUGACAGAUGAAACCAUUGGAAACGUGCCCAUCUUGAUCCUCGGCAACAAGAUCGACAAACCUGAAGCCAUUAGUGAGGAGAAGCUGCGUGAGAUCUUUGGACUCUACAAUCAGACGACAGGAAAGGGCUGUGUUCGUGUGGGCGAGCUGAAGACGAGAGCGCUGGAGCUGUUUAUGUGCAGCGUGACGGAGAGACGGGGGUACGGUGAGGCUCUGCGCUGGCUCUCACACUACAUCAGCUACACAAACACUGCUCAAGCCUGAGCUGCUGCUCUUCCUCUACAUAUAUGAGCUGUUCUCAACAUUACUAAAUAUCACAAUCUCAUAUUACUUUUGUAAAUUAAUUGUUAUAUUAAAAAUGAUU